UUUAGGCCCAUUGACCCCAUGAAGCUCUUCCUUGGGGGUAUAUCAAUACACUCUAUCUUUGUUGGGUCGUUCGACUUUAUAACGGUAUGGGUCGGUUGGCGGGGUAGUGCAAACCCCCUUCAACCUAGCGAAAAUCACUAUAUACCAGAUUUAGAUGCAGCCCACCAUCGCCAUCUCUAUUGGAAGUAUGGAAAUACGCGUGAAAGACCAUGUCAUGACUGUUGACAGUUAACCAUUUCUCCAUUCUGUGGUUGAGAUCACACCCAUGCACUUUGUGGUGCUCAUAUCACAAGCGGACUCAUGGAAUCACUAUUACACCGCAAUAAUAGUGAUACAAUACUUUGCACAAAACAUUCAAGAUCGCAUUUACGAUGAAUGAGAAAGCCAUUUAUGUCCAUGUGAUGAGUGUACACGAAGCAUUAAAGUCUUUACAUUAGAGUAUACAUGUGUAGUAUGACCUGUUGGACGCAUGACAAGUGGAGGCCAUGCUAAUGAUCGGGGGAUAUAGGAGCUGACAAUCUGAAGGAAAAAGAGUUUAACUGGUCGCUGUUUGAAGACGAUAGGAGCCGACACUUGGUAAAAGCAUGGCUGAUGAGCCAACGCCAGGAAAUAGCAACCUUCAAAAAUACAUUCCAGAGAGCAACAAUCGAAAUGGCGUCGUCGCCGUUGAAUCUCAAGGUCACGAGCAAGAAGAUCAAGGUCACACCGAAGUAGAAGUGCGGUGCGGCUACGGGAGAAGCCAUCCGGGAUGUUUACAACACUGCAACAACACCAAAAUCGCCCUGGUAGUGCUGAGUUUUUAUGCAAUAGUACAAGGAUUCGUUGUCAACGGAAUCAACAAUGUGAACACGACAAUGUACGAACGCCGGUUCGGCUUUUCCAGUCUCGAGGUGUCCAUGAUCUCGAGCGCCUACGAACUGGCAGCGGGCAUCUUCGUCAUCCCGAUUGGUUACUAUGGACGCAUCGGACACAAGCCCCGCUGGUUGGCUGCCGCUUGCGUAAUCAUGGGCAUUGGGUCUUGCAUCAUGUUUCUUCCGCACUUCACCACUGGUUUAUAUGAUGCAGGUUCGAGUACAGUUCGCGACCUCUGCUCAGGGGACAAAAACACAACCUGUACUGAUACAGGUCUCCGUGGCUACCUUGGCGUAUUCAUCCUGGGCCAGUUCCUGCACGGCAUCGGCGGCACGACACUAUACACCAUCGGCGUUGUCUACCUGGAUGAUAACGUCAAGACGUACCAGUCACCGACAUAUGUCGGAAUAAUGGAAGGGUUCGCAGGCCUUGGUCCCGCUCUCGGUUUCAUCAUCGGAGGCUAUCUCCUCGAUAUCUACGUGGAUGCGGAUAUGGUUGACACUGCCAGUUUGACCUUGACCACAAUUGACCCGAGUUGGGUUGGAGCUUGGUGGAUGGGAUUCAUGAUAUCAGCAAUAAUGGCGAUAACAGUUGGCAUGUUACUCUUCUGCUUCGGAUGGGAGCUACCUGAGGCUGAGAAGAACCGCGCAUGGCGAGACAACCAAGCCCACGCAGACGGCAGUGACGAGACGACAUCUCGGGAAGGGUUCGGCUACACGCUCAAGGAUAUGCCUAAGGCUACUGCGAUCCUCAUCAAGAACCCAACAUUCAUGUGCCUGACCUUCGCUGGCGUGUUCGCCAUGUUGUGUGCCGGGGGCUUCGCCACUUUCAUGCCCAAGUUUAUCCAGAACCAGUUCAACCAAACGGCUUCUUGGGCCGCAUAUCUGACAGGUUUUGUGGCGAUCCCCUCGGCCGCCGGUGGUCAAAUCAUAGGCGGAAUAGUACCAACCAUGAAGAAGUGGAAAGUCCGCGGAAUGAUACGAAUGGGUGCUGUGUCCCUGGGAAUUGGUGUACUCGUUCUGCCUUUCUUGUUUGCUAGAUGCGAAACGGUAGCUUAUGCAGGCUACACAAGGCAGUAUGGUAACAGUUCCGCCAUGCGCGAAGGAGCCGUCAACUUAACAGCGACGUGUAACGCGGGGUGUCGAUGCAGCACGGUCAUCCAGGAGCCAAUCUGUGGCCAAGAUGGCAUGGAAUACUUCUCCGCCUGCCACGCUGGUUGUGCCAACUACACCUUGAGAAGUGCCACUACAAAAAACUUUACCGGGUGCUCGUGUAUUGCUCAAAGUGUCCUUGUGGAAAAUCCAAGUGCCGUAACUUCCGAUGUCACCCUGGCAACCACAGGGCGUUGUGACUCUGCCACAAACUGCACACCCCAGCAGUCACUGUUCCUCGCAUUCCUAUUCGUUGUGAUAUUCUGUAUUUUCCUAGCUUUAACUCCCACGGUCACUGCGACACUCAGAUGCGUUCCUGAGAACCUCCGAGGCUACUCCCUCGCUAUCCAAUGGGUGUUCAUUAGAUUUCUUGGUAGCAUACCCGGUCCGUUAGUAUUCGGCGCAGUAGUGGAUAGCUCAUGCAUCGUGUGGCAGGACAAGUGUGGGAAGCGAGGUUCCUGUUGGAUCUACGACGGUUUCACCACAAGCUGGCGACUUCUCAUUCUCUCUGCGAUGGCCAUCUUUUUUUCCUUUUUCUUCAUGUUGAUGGCGUCGCUGGUUUAUAAACCUCCGCACGAGGAUAAAGAAAAGACCGCGGUUCCCAUGGAGGGGAAGGAAAACAAGGCCUUCCAAGACGACGAAAAAGAUGACCGCACGAAGGUCAAGGUCGUGGACGGUCAGGGUCAUCACAAUCCUGGUUUUACAACCGAUUUAUAGAGAGGAGUGUGUUUUGUGAUUUAUAGAGGAGUGUGUUUUGUGAUUACAUACCGUCCAUAUGCCCUGCAUAAUUGCGCUUGGAUACUUCAGGACGAGGUGGCUCUUCAAGCGAUCACCGCUGGCGGAGAAAAACUGACAAAUGACUGGACACCAUUCGUGAUAAGUCCCUCAUCUCAACCUCCCUUGGUCGUUAGGGGACCGAGAAGGCUGGCGCUUCAAAUCGUUGAAUUGAACUCUUAGUGGCUGGUUGUUCAAAACCAUCUAAGGUCACCCACUCGGCUUCUGUGUGCUCGCUGUGCUUCAGUUAAGCCCAGUGAAACGCCGGUUAAACUAGUUAACGGCGAGUUAGAGAGAGACUAAGUUGUUCUGGGUCCUGACUCGUAUUGUGCUCAAUCCCACUCAUCCCUUUGCUGAAUCUCAGCCAGCUGCCUGUGCAAUAUUGUGUAUCACUUGGCACGAGUGCCAUUGAUGGACGUGCUCUGUAGAAUUAGCUCACUCUUGUGGUUGCUCAAAAUUGCAUUUCCCAUGAAUAUUCUACUCAUAACAAAAAUAUAGAAAGGUUUUGCAUGCGAAGUUCACAGCCAGUACCAUACUGGGUUAUAGAUAAUGCAAGGAUAAGAACAUAUCACUACACGCUUUGGUGAAGGUUAGUUUACAUGGUACCAAACCAGACCAGAUCAGGAGAGAUCAUGAACGACGUAAUCUCAUAAAUAUGUACCAAGUUUUCAAGACAUGAUAGUCCACUUCUUCGCCCACAUCGAGCCACACGUACCGGCUCACCGAUCUUAACUGAUCCGGCUCGGUUUUGUCUCGUGUAAACAGUACAGAUAACCCGAGAUGGUGACGACUGGUGAAGGCGGUUGUAAAAAGACGAACAGAUAUUUUUCAAUGAUGUACAUAAUUGCUGGAUCCCCUGGUUAGAAUGGAGUCAUAGUCAUCACAACAUGCCAAGGCACUUUAAGCUGUAUUAUGUUAUACCCGUGUAUUUAUUCUCUGUUGGCGCUUGCCUUGUUAUUGACAAUGUAUAAAGUCGAAAGCGAAGAGACAAAGGAUCUAUCAAUCUGAUGUGAAUGCAAUUUGAUAAAUAAUGUGAGAUAGUGAAAUGGAUAUAAUGAAAAAUUAAAGCAAUAUAUUUCCAAGG